AUGAGUAGCAUCAGCUUAAUUGCGCAUCAAAACGGUAUGAGAUCAACGACAGCGUUGAUGACUAGACGCACACCGGAUAUUGCCCAGAGACUGGCAAGAUGGUUGUCGACGAGCCAAGAGGCUCAUCGAAAUCGACGGUCGCAUUCAGAGCAUCACGAAGACGUCUACUCGGCCGAUUUACCUCCGAUGGACGAGAAGGAGAUGGCUCUGUAUAAGUUGUACCGACCCGAGCGAUUGACGCCUAAGGAACGCUCAACCGAGCUGAUGAAGAUGCCGAGACUGAAUAAGGGCAUGGCAUUCAGUCUGUAUGAGCGGCAGUAUCUCGGUCUGCAUGGUCUGUUACCGCCAGCGUUCAUGACCCAGGAACAACAGGCCUACCGAGUGAUCACUAAACUGAGAGAACAACCUAAUGAUUUGGCCAGAUACAUACAGCUCGACGGUCUUCAGGACCGUAAUGAGAAACUCUUCUAUCGUGUGCUAUGUGACCACGUCAAGGAGUUGAUGCCGAUUGUGUACACGCCGACGGUUGGCUUG